UCGCGCGUCGGGCAACAUCGGCCGGCGUCGGUACGCAGUCUGUCUCGCGGACGCAAGGUGAACUGAGUCACAAUGUGUUGUAACAUUCUUUAAUAAUAAUAUUCUGUGUUUUACCACAACUUUACAUCAUUCAAACCCUGAUGCCGUCACCCAUCGAAGAUCUUCAUAGCUCGCUGUUUGACCUGCAAGUAAAGUGCUGUGGAACGCGGGUAACUCAAGAUGCUAAAUGACGAUGACGAUGACAGUCAUCUGUGCAUCAAAUGCAACGCUACGAUCAUCGGCCUCGAGAACUAUGUUAUGCACAGGAAAGAGAAUUGCGGUAAAGGCAAACUUGCUCAGAAAGCAGAACUUCCACCGAUUGAUCCUUUAGAACCAACGUACAGCCUAGGAGCUGAUGUAUUUUUUCAGUCAUUAGAGUUACAGAGUAGUGUGAAAAGAUCUCCACUGUCUCGGCUAACUCCACCUACACCGACGACUAAAACUGCUGAUAAGAAAAUCCCACACGCAGUUGCGUCAACAUCUAGAGAUAUCCCGCGAAUGAGCCCUAUUGAAAGUAACUUGAGAGGGGAAGACUGGAUCGGUGGACACAGUUUAAAAAUAGGGAUCAACGAGGACAACCAAACUAAACUGAUUAAUGCUGUUGCUAGUAUAAGUGGUUCCGUUAAAAAGGACCACCCAAGUACAUCUUACGAUAUCAACACAUUCAAUGAUUAUAAAGGUGACGAAGAGUCCGAAGAAUCUGAAGAUUCUGAAGACGAUGAAGAAGAAGAAACUCACGGAAAAUGGAAACCACCACCGAAUUACACAGGCGGUAAAUGGCGACCUGCGUCUCCAGAACAUGAAGACUGGGACAUGAGAGAAGAACAGGAUCAAGACCGUGAUUACGAUGAUGAUGCACCGCCGCCCGGUCAUACUAAAGGGAAGUGGGUGCCGGGUGCAAAUGAAAAAACACAAAUCAUGCAAACGACGAUUCAAUCGAAGGGAUCGGUUCAAUACUGGUGCGGUCCAUGUAACCGCAGGUUGGGUUCUAGGACCAUAUACGAGAAACACCUCAUGUCAAACUUGCAUAUGCGUAAAGUUCUUCCAGAGCACGAGCUAGAAUUUUCAGGUCAUUUAGAACCAAUACGAAACGUAGAAAAACGAACAACACGACCUACUGUCUUUGUUAAUGAAAAUACGAAUACGCAAUCACAGAAAAAGAAACACAAAUCAGAACAGAAUGUUAUUAAAAUGAAGAAAAAAAAGAGGAAGAGAAAAUCGUAUUUCGUACAAUGUUCUGGGUGCAAAUCGCGAGUUAGAACCCAUUUAAUGGGAAAACAUUUGAUAUCUCAUUAUCACUUUAGAAAAGCUACUGAUAUCAAAAGCGACGUAGAUGACAGAGAGCUGAUUCUUAACAACAUAGAGGCGAUAGUACAUCAAGCCCCAUUUCAAUGCAGCCCGUGCAAAUUUUAUGCGAACUGGCUCUCCAAUUUCAUGCAACACUGGUAUUCAGAAGAACAUGAGCUUACUGUUUCUGCGCUGGAUGGUAGAUUCUGGUGCUCCUUUUGCAAGUAUGAUUGUGAAACGUCAAAAGAAAUGUUGAAUCACAUGUCGAGUUCAGAGCACAGCGAAGUUGUUGCGGUGAUAAAUAGGUCCAUGCCAAUAAUUAUAAGGAAAAAAACAGUUUUGCGAUGCGUAACGUGUAAGAAGGAGUUCCGUUAUAACAUGGAGAUUAAACAACAUUGCUUAAAAACCGGUCAUCAGCUGGCUACUACAGCUACUGAUAGUUAUCAAGAACUACAAAAGUGUCAACAUUGCAAACAAAAGUUUAAGUCGUCAGUAACCCUAGCAGCACAUCUAAAGUCUAGACACAAGCAGAAGGCGUUCUUUUGUCUCGUCUGUUCAAAAACUUUUACAACUUCAGAAGAAGCCAAGCGUCAUCGACAAACAUCUGAGCACAGGGUGCGUAGGAAGGAAAAUCUGAGUAAAAGAGGAGUCAAGACUAAGGAUUUAAGUAAGAAAUGCCCUUAUUGCGUCGAAAAGGUUAUCUUGAAGAACAUAAUAGAUCUUAAAGAUCACAUACAACAAGUUCAUCCAAAUAUUAAAAAGAAGUGUCCAAAAUGUGGGAAAUCAUUCAUAUUUUCCCAAGAAGUGAGCCGACACAUUCGCACCAACGCAUGCACAUUUCAAAAGGACGAAACCUUGAACGCAUCCAUUCUCUGGAACUGCAGCCAAUGCAUCUUCACAACCGAUUCUCAAGCCGAAUGCUUCUUCCACGAGGUCCUUCACACUGAACCUUUAACUGAGACCAAGAGUGACGGGACGGUGAACAAAAAAAAUCAUAAGUACCUCUGCCCACUUUGCCCGAAGACUUAUAAAAAAGCAUCUCUCCGAUUGCAUCUGAGGCAGCACACUUUCGAGAGGCCUUUCAUAUGCACCAUCUGUGGCGCGAACUUCACCCGCCAGUCCAGUUUAGCCAACCAUUCGAAAAGUGACCACGGGGGCAUAGACUCUAGAAUUCCGAAGUUAACCCCAUUGGACGUCAGCAUGACCAAAAUAUUUCAAGAUGCAUUAAAAUGUACCAAAUGCAAGAAGCAAUUCGCAGACAGGUUCGCAUUAACCCGCCACGUCUCGGCGUGCGAGGUAGACGAGAGACGCUGUCCUCACGACCAGUGCUCCUACAUAGCGUCCACUGCCGCACAACUCAAUAGACACCGUCGCACACACGGAGACCGUCUCAAGCAGUACGACUGUUCGCUGUGCUCAUUUAAAACGGAGCAGGCGAGCCAUCUGAAGAGACACCUGGUGUGCCACGAGGGAGUCAAGCCGUACGCCUGUCCGCACUGCGAGUUCACGUGUGGCAGUUUGGAGAACCUUCGCAAGCACGUUCUCCGCAGCGGCCGUCACCCCGGGCUGCCGCUGUACAUCUGCCGCGCGCCGACCGCAUGCGGCUACCGGACCGACCGCGCGGCGCAGCUGCGGGCGCACUACCUCGCCGCGCACGGCGACGCAUACGACGCGAAGAGCGCGCUUGAAGCCGUCAAACGACAUUUGAUGACAGACACACAGACGGCUAAAGAUAUACCUAAUAGCUAAUAAUAACUCUUGAUGAGUUAUACCUUGUACAUUAAUAUAUGUACUUAUUAUGUAUUCUUUGGUUAUACCUACACAAUUGAAUUUAAAAAAAAAUCUUGACAAGUGCGAAUUGGACUCUCCCACCGAAGGAUACUACUUAUGACAAUGAUGUUUAAAUAGCAUAAAAUUAUCAUUGACUUAUGAUCAUAUAAAUAGUUUAGGAAUCCCGAAUUUUAGUCCUGUCUUUUAAAAUUUAAUUCGAAAUUAUUGUAUAAGUACCUAGAUUUAAAAAAAUUCUUGUACUUGAGGUCUAUCUCGAUGUUACUUGGCAAAAUUCAAAGUUUUAGGUCAACGGACAUACCAGAGUUUUAAUUCCCCUGAGUGUUAAAAUACACGUCUUUUGCUGAAUAAAUGGCCGUUACUUUACUUAUAUGUAUGGUAGACCGUAGACCUGAGUUAUGGGAUUAAUCUUUGGAUUAAAUUCAAAAUAAACAGUAAUUAUUGACUAUGAUAUUUUCAUUGUUAUUAAAGAUAUUUACAUUCGUAAUACUUACUUAUCUGUUUUACUAGGAUAAAGUUAUCUCGUGAGCUGAAUUUAUUAGCUUACACGUUUCCCUUCGAAUAAAGGAUCAAUACCUGAUUCAAGAGAUAUAAAAUUUAUAGUAGGAAAAAGUCCUAUUACAUGUAAUCAUUUGGUUUAAAUUUAAGUCUGCGUACGCCAUCUGUUCAUAGAUAUGGAAACUUCACAAGUAUUUUAUUACACACGUAGAUGGCGUUACGAGCUUUGAUUGAAAUCUGUUAAUGAAUAAUUAUUAUAUUAUUAAUGAAUAUAAUCAUGGUUUGAUUAUGGUAUAAGGUGCAAAAUAAACUUUUAGUUUAUAUAUCAAUAACUACUAUGAGGAAGUUUAGAUCUUAAAUAGAAAUUUAGAACAGCAACACUGGUUUUGUAUUGCAGAUUUGCAGCUAGCAACACUGUUUUAACUAACGUCAAACGCGAUAGGUGCGGUGGGCGCGUAAAGUGAAUCGAGGGAAAAAAAUCGUGCGACUUGCGCUGUGCGCUCGUAUUUACAGCAAAAUAAAUAACUGGGGACCUCGGAGUUCGAUCGUCUCGACAAUAAUUUAUUACAAGAUCGGAAUGAAGUAAUUCUCAAAACAUAAAAUUACGUAAUCUUAUGGUUGUGUGUCUUUUAGUGUUGUGUAUGUAAAUAAACAAUUAUUUUUCAAUAAUAAAACUAUUUAAUUCGUUGAA